AUGUCUGCAUCAUUAUCUUGGACAAUACGUUUUAUAAUAUCUCUGUCUCUGUCUGGCAACAAUACGAGCAGCCUGAAUGCUGAUGAAGGUCUUGGAGUAGCUUCCCUAAGUAUUAUAUAUGGAGCACUUAUCUUAUCAUCAAUGUUUGUUCCUCCUAUUGUUAUUCAGAAAAUUGGCUGCAAAUGGACUAUCGUUGUUUCUAUGUGCUGUUAUAUUACAUAUUCUCUUGGCAAUUUCUACCCCAGCUGGUAUACUCUUGUUCCAACAUCUGUGAUUCUUGGAUUUGGAGGUGCCCCAUUAUGGGCUGCAAAGUGUACAUACCUGACGAUAAGUGGAAAUCGAUAUGCAAAGAUUGCAGAAAAGGAAAGCAAGGAUAUUGUCAGUCAAUACUUUGGACUCUUUUUUCUAAUAUUUCAAUCAUCAGGCGUAUGGGGAAAUCUUAUUUCAUCUCUAAUAUUUGGACAAACACCAGAUAAAGGAUUUGAUGUAAGCUUAUCAAAUUAUACAUCCUGUGGAGCAAACGACUGUCCAUAUUUGGAUGACAGCAAACAGAAUGGAACACGUUCACAACAGCCAGCAAUAUACUUAUUGUAUACUCUUUUGGGUGUGUACACAGGAGCUGGGAUACUUGCUGUCUUGCUUAUAACUAUAUUCUUGGAUAAUAUUGACUUAAAAGAAGAAGAAGAAGAAGAAGAAGAAGAAUCUAGAAGGGCUGACAAAAGAGAAUCAUUGUGGAUGAAAACAUUUGCAACAGUUAGGCAUCUUCAAGAUAAAAGACAAGCUCUUCUUAUUCCUUUAACAAUGUGGAGUGGUUUUGAACAAGGAUUUCUUGCUGGAGACUUCACAAAGUCUUAUGUUACCUGCUCUCUUGGGAUUCAUUUUGUUGGAUAUGUAAUGAUCUGCUUUGCAGCAGUCAAUUCUAUCUGCUCCUUGCUGUUUGGAAAACUUUCUCGAUAUACCGGAAGGAUGUUUCUAUUUUUCCUUGCUGCAUUGACCAAUUUUGCAACAAUCAUAGCUUUGCUUUUUUGGAUGCCUUACCCAACUGAGCUUGUUGUGUUUUUCUUAUUUCCUGCAAUUUGGGGCAUGGCCGAUGCCAUAUGGCAGACACAAACCAACUCUCUUUAUGGAGUAUUGUUUGACAAGAACAAAGAAGCUGCUUUUGCCAAUUAUCGUCUGUGGGAGUCUUUGGGAUUCGUUAUAGCUUAUGGGUACAGCAAUUUUUUGUGUGUAUCUGCAAAAUUGUAUAUAUUGCUUUCUGUACUUUUCCUUGGAAUAACACUUUAUGCUGUAGUUGAAUAUAUUGAAAAAAAAGAGAGAACGCUAAGCAGUGAAGCAAAUGAAGUACUGGGUAAAAAGGGCUGCCUUUACCAGCAGACUAAAAUGUAAAAUUAUAUCAUGUUAGGCAUAUGUUUGAUCACAGUUUGCAUGGUCAAUAAAUAUUCAAUAUUA